AUGGCCGCUCCGUUACCCUCUCACAUCCUCAUAAUUGGGGCCACUGGCAACAUUGGCAAGUACAUCACCAACAGCGUGGUGCAAUCCAGGCCUUCGUUCCCCAAAAUCACCGUCUUGACGUCGGCAGCCACUGCGUCUGCGAAGCAUGAGCUCCUCGAUAGCUGGAAAGCGUCUGGCGUGUCCAUCAUGGUCGGCGACGUCACCAACCAGGCUCACAUGGCCAACGCAUAUCGCGGCGUCGACACCGUCAUCAGCUGUGUCGGACGGGAGGUCCUGGAUCAACAGAAGGAAUUGAUCCGGCUGGCUGAGGAGUCAGAGAGCGUGCAAUGGUUCUUCCCCUCCGAGUACGGCACUGAUGUCGAGCACAAUUCGAGGAGCUCCAACGAGAAGCCGCAUCAGAUGAAGCUGGCCGUUCGCAAGUACGUCCGAGAGCACACGAGGCGCUUGAAAGUCACGUACGUCGUCGUGGGCCCGUAUUUCGAGAUGUGGGUGGGCACGGGCAAUUUUGGGUAUAAACUGGGCGGCUUCGACAUCAAGAAUAAAGAAGCCGCCGUCAUCGCAGACGGACAAGGGCAGAUUGGCUUCACGACCAUGCCAGACACAGGCAAGGCAGUAGUCGCCGCUCUCCGGCACCCGGAAGCGUCGUUCAACAAGGCUCUCAAGGUAAUGUCGUUUGUAGCAACACCGAACCAAGUCCUUGCAGAAUGCGAAAAACAGACGGGCGCCAGGUUUACUGUGAAGCAUAUUCCGCUGGCCGAGGUAGAGGCAUUCGAAGAUCAGAUGUGCAAAGAACAAAACCCCUUCGCCGUGGGUCCCGCCCUGAGGCGUAUAUGGGCCACCGGGGGAACUCUAUACGGCAAGUGGGACAACCAGAGCAUUGGUCUGGACAGUAUCAAUUUGGAGUCGCUGGAGGUCGCCGUACGGAGGCAUGUUCGUGGAGAAACUUUCUGA